AUGACAUACUAUGUUACAAGAUCAUCUGGGUAUUUUGAGGAAUUUCGGAGUGGGCAGCCUCAGCAGCAGCAGCAGUCUAGCAGGCAUUCUUCCCAGCCAGCACAGAGCACACCUCCGCAGUUCUCAGGCAGGAGAUUUGAUAGCCCAGGGUAUUUAGGAGCAGGCCAGAGCUCCGGGGUUUCAGGUUCGCGGGUAGACAGGAGUUCCGGUCAGACGAGGCCACCCAGGCCUCAGUGUUCUUAUUGUGGGAGAUACCACCCUGGAGAGUGCUACCGUGCUACAGGUGCUUGUUAUUCUUGUGGCCGUCAGGGCCAUACUGUGAGAGAGUGUCCGUAUAAGGGUAAUUUGGGAGGUGCAGCGCAGCCUACCGGAUCAGUCGCUGGGUCAUCGUCUCCUUCGAUAGCCAUGCGGCCUGCGGGGCAGGGUACGUCGACAUCAGCAGGCCGCGGCAGAGGUAGUGGCGGGGCUCCCAGUUCAAGCGGUCCUUCGAACCGCAUCUAUGCCUUGACUAGUCGACAGGACCCGGAGGCGCUACCAAACGCGGAUACAGAUUUUGGGCGAAACGGGAAUUGAAUUUGGAAAGGCGUAAAGAGCAUAUAAGGUACCGACGACAGGUUUGCUGAUCCGUCCGCUUAGGAUCUUAUUCUGCUAUUUUGGAGCGCUCCUUUAUCCGGAGCCUAUAUUUUGGUACAAUCUUCUGCUAUUGUAUAUAUGUACGCUAUUCAGGGGUACGACGGGGCCCUGUCCCAUCUUAUGAUUCUGUUAUGUUCUGUAGAGGUCUGCAGACAGACUUGUGUGGGUUCUGUAUAUGUUUUGGGUUGUUAUGAUCGGUGAUGGCCUUAUCGGCCUCUACGUGCAAAAUCUGUUCAUCUGUGAUAUUUAGUAGCGCCAACUAACCUUUAUAUUAAUAUAUUUUGAUAA